GAAAUUGCGAUAAAAAUGUGUUUGUUAGAGUUAUUCAAAUUGCACGUGACGCACAACAAAACCAUCUCAAAUAAAACAAAAUUUAAAAGCACCACCGGUGCCAGAAUCAAUCGUCUCUAUCCCGAAUUUUUGCUUCUGAAAGUGGGAGAUGAAAGUCUUGAAACAGUGUCGACUUCAAUUGAGGACUCCUUUGAUAACAACUGUUCACGGUUUCAUUUGCGAAUGCAGGAAAAUGAAAAAAGACACGGCAGGCUGAACGUUCUUCGCUGGUUACUUUGGGAGGCGGAAUUCCGCGGCGGCAGCAACAUGCCGGCCUUAGAUCGCCCCACGAACACCACUCUAGCUCUCCAUUACGCUGCCGCCAGAGGAUGUCUAGACUGCGUCCGUCUUCUGGUCGACUCGACUCCGGACUUGAGUGCCAACACUCAGAUGGACAAUGAUGUCACACCGGUCUACUUGGCCGCCCAGGAGGGCCACUUGGAUGUGCUUAAGUUCCUAGUUUUGGAAGCGGGAGGCUCACUCUACGUCCGCGCCAAAGACGGCAUGGCCCCCAUACAUGCUGCCUCUCAGAUGGGGUGUCUCAACUGUGUCAAAUGGAUGAUACAAGAGCAGGGGGUGGACCCCAAUUUACGAGACGGUGAUGGGGCGACUCCACUACAUUUCGCUGCCUCACGGGGGCAUCUCGAGACUGUCCGCUGGCUGCUCAAACAUGGUGCGAGACUCUCGCUCGAUAAAUAUGGUAAAAGUCCCAUCAAUGAUGCCGCAGAAAAUCAACAAGUCGAGUGUUUGAAUGUGCUGGUGCAACACGGGACGACGCCGGAUUACAAAGAUGGAAAGAAGACUUGCUCGUGUACCAGGAAAAGCGAGCAGUUGAAAAGGGGGAAUAGUGUCGGAAGUGAUUGCUCGAGCUGCAAACCGGCUGAGAACGACAAUUCCGAACCGUUUUAUCUCCACCCUCCCAUUGGAGGACGUACCAUGGAAGCUCCACAUGCCCCCCAAGACGGUUUGUACAUCAACCCCAUGAAUAAUCACAGACACAGCGCCUCGAGUGCUUCUGAAACCAGCUCAAAUGAAAGUAUCAACGGAGAAUCAUUCUACUUGCACAACCCCCAGGAAGUGAUCUAUAACAGAGUCAAGGAUUUAUUCGAGACGCCCCAAAGGCAACCUCUCUCUGCCCUCACAGUAAAAGUGGAAGUACACUCCAGCAGCAGCGGAGCGGGGUCAGACGAGAACCUCUCAUCUUCGGACCUAUCGGAACGUUCCGGCGACCAUGACCACGACUACGAAGACAUCUAUUUAGUCCGCGAAGAGUCCGACAAAAAAACGGAGAAGCAAGCGAAUGUUCGUUCGCGAUCGCGCGACAGCGGAUCACACAGUCGUUCCGGGUCGGCAAGUUCGUCGAAUUCUGGGUGCAAUGUCGUGGUGAAGGUUACACCAAAUAAUAAAACCAACGAGUUUUUGCCCAAACCGCAAAAAUAUGAGAAAAUCGAAAAGAAGAAAGAGGAGGAGGAUGGGGAGAAGACCAAACUGGGCGAGAGGCAUUCCGUACCGCCGAAGAACGUGACGCCAAAUGCGAAAGUCUUGAAGAGGGUGACGUCGACGCCGGGAAAUAUUUGUCCGCCGCCGCCACCUCCGCCACCUCCGGUUAGUGAGAAGAAGGAAAUAAGUGAAGAGGAUGAGCCUAGGGGGGCCGAAGUUGUGGAAAUUGUAGAAGAGGCGACGUUGAAGCCGUCGGAAAUUGCGAAAGGGAUGUGUAAGACGCUCUCGGCGUUAACGACUCGUCGACUUAACUCCUCCUGCUCAGAUCUGACCAUUGUUAGUCUAAGCACCGAUACCGAAGACACCGAGAAGCACGGACCCAACUUGGUCAACAAGCAAAGAGUGCUACCUUUCAUCCCUCCGAGUUUCCCCGGAAGUGCCAACUCGAACAACCUGAUCAAACCCUCUGAAUAUUUGAAGAGUAUCAGCGAUAAAAGAUCAUCAGCAUCUUCAAUUAGAAGCAACUCGGAGAGCGAGGAAGUGGUUAUGACUGCUGAAGAGAAAGAAACUCAGAAUAUUCAAGGACCACCGCCACCACCCUUACCUGAAUUGACACCAAUCGACCAAAACGGAAAAAUUGAAACCAACACCGAUACAGUUAAAAAACAGCAACAACCACUCUCUGCCAUCAGUAUCCAGGACUUAAAUUCGGUGCAAUUGAGAAGAACGGACAAAAUGGUCGCUUCGAAAACAUUCUCGGCGCCUACCAGAAGUAUGAGUCUUCAGUGUCUCCCAAGUGAGCCGUUUUUGGCACAAAAAACGGACCUAAUCGCUGAAUUGAAACUCUCAAAGGACAUACCAGGGAUAAAAAAACUGAAAAUCGAAAGAGCCAAAGUCGAAGAAACUCGCGAAAAACAACUCUAUACCGAAAUUUCGAAACAAUUCACUGCGACCAAAUUCGUGGAAAAGAUUCCUGAUAAGGACAACACUGGUAACGUCAUACCGGCCUGGAAACGCCAGAUGUUGGCGAAGAAAGCGGCCGAGCGAGCACGCAAAGAGCUCGAAGAGCAGAUGUUGAGAGAGGCAGAGGAAAAAAGAAUGCAAGCCAUACCACAAUGGAAACGUCAAUUAAUGCAGAAAAAAGAAGAGGCGGAAAACAGAAUGAGGUCAACAAUAUACACCCCAAAAGUGGUCGAUGAUCCCCGAUCUUUGAAAAUCCAAGAAACACAUGAGUGUCUAAAACAGGCCACCCAACCAGAAGAAAAGAAAUCGACCGAAGAUAUCAAUAAUAACGAAAGUGUUAAGGAAACGGUCAAUCAAACGGAAGAGGAAGAACCUGAAGAAGACACGAACAUAAUACCAUGGCGAGCGCAGCUCAGGAAAACCAACAGUAAACUGAAUUUAUUGGAUUAGUCGUAUAGUUACGUUGUUAUUUCCAGUCCUGUAAAGUGUAAAAUCAUUGUUAUCUAUUUUAUAUUUUAAGGUAACAGUUGCAAUAUUAGACUAAGUUAAGACAAGUCAAUUAUGUGAUGUAUGUUUUUUAUUAUUUUUAGAACUAUGUUAUAAUUUAGCAAUAAAUUGACUGAAGCCGGCUUUUACCGGCUAUUACCUAUUAAAUUAUUGGAAAUUGUAGCUCGACUACGAUUUUUUAAGCUUGUGAAGGUUCGGGAACAGUUCUAGCUUCAAUAUUCAAAUUUCUGAACAUGUAUUGUAUCAUAUUGUAGUCGCUUUUCAUAUAAUAAAGACGUAAU